ACACCCCUCUUCUCUCUCUUCGGAGUCAAAACAAGCAGUUUGCUAAUUACUAGAGAGAGAAAGAGAGAAGAAAAAGACCCAAACCAAUAUUCUCUCUCUCUAUGCACGUUGAAGGCAUUUCUAGAGAGAGAAAGUUUCACAAUUUCCGUCUAUCCUCUCUCUUUCUCUCUCUUUCUCUCUCUCUCUCUGUCUCUCUCUCUCUCUCUUACAACGACCCAAAAGGCAACUAGAGAGAGAAAGAGAGAGAAGCUGAGGGUUUUCUUCAUAUUCUUUAAGUUGGUUUGGGCUGUGGAUCAUAGAAAAUGGAGUUCGUGGGCAGAACUGUGAGGAAAGAGUCCAAAGGUUUUGGAUGUUUCACGGGAACAGUGAAAUCGUACUCCCCCUCAUCUGGGUUGUUCGAGGUCGUUUAUGAAGAUGGGGAUUCGGAGGAAUUGAACUUCGCUGAGGUCUCUUUGCUCCUUGGUGGCGGUGAGCCAAACCUUGUUGAGGAAGAAGUCAAGCCGAGCCGCCUAGGCCGAAAGCCCAAGAAACGACGUCGAGUGGAGAGGAAGCGAGAAAUUCGAGGUAAUUCAGGUAAUGCUGCUGAAGUAAUCUUUGGAAAUGAUUCUGGGUUUGGUGGGGAUUUGAAUAAAAAUUGUGAUUUGAGUGACGGGUCUGAGGGAAGACUUGAAAUGGGACAAGCAUUUGGAGGGAAUUUGAGGGAAAGCGUGCAGGUUGAUGGGAAUUUGAAUGACAAUAUUAAUUGUAGUAAGGGGCUUGAUAAAACCCUAGAACAGCAAAGUGUGUUAAAUGUUAAUUGGAAUGGGAAUAGAGUUGAUAAUUUGAAAGAUGAGAUUGAUUUGAAUGCUGAGUUUAAUUUGAAUGGUGAAUGUGACUUAAAUGUUGAUCUUAAUGUUGGUAAGGAGGAAAUUUCAGAAAAAAGAGAUUGUAUUGAUUUGAAUUUGGAUGCGAGUGGUGACUUUGCUCAGAAUCUGAAUGGGGAUAGUUUGGACGGUUCAACUGCGGUAACCCGUGGAACCCAGAGGAGGGGUUGCUAUUUUGAUCUGAAUUUAGAGGUUGAUGAGGAUUUUAAGGAUACAGAGGGUGACUGUGAAGAGAAAUUCAAGGUUUGUCCCAAGUUUGAGAUGAUUGAAGAAAAUCAAAAGAAAGAGAGGAGCGGAGAUACUGAAGAAAAGGUUAUCGAAGAUGGUAAUGCCAAUGAGACCUGGAAGGAAGUGUAUAUUGAUAUUACUGAAGAUAAUCCCAUGACAAGUGUUGGCGAUCUCUUUGAUUGUGCUGCUGCUGAACGACUUAAUAAUCAAAAUAGUUGUUCCAGCGGAGAUUUGAAGGCUGACAAUUCUCUUGGGGUUUUAGAUACUAGCUGCAUGAAGGAUUGUGGUUUGGUGGAAGUACUGGUCAAAGAUAGUCUUUCCGAAGCUCGCACUCCAGUGAUUCAUGGCGAUUCAGGAGGUCCAAACAUUCAAAGAAGUAGCCGUAGAAAGAGAAGAAAACUACUGGAUAAUUUGAAAUCUACUACUACAGAGACAGUUUUGAGGAGAAGUACUCGCAGAGGGUCUGCUCAAAAUCAUAACUCCAUCACAUCAUUGUCUGUCAGUGAUCCAUUGUCCUCUUCUGCAGUUAGUGCAAUAACAGAGGAAAAACCAGUGAUUUCUGGCUGUGAAGAGACUGAAAAGCCUAGUGUUCUUCCUCAGGGGCUGGAGUUACCUCCUUCAUCAGAACAUUUAAAUCUAGAUGGAAUUCCCAUACUUGACCUUUUUUCAAUUUAUGCUUGUUUAAGAUCAUUUAGCACUCUAUUAUUUCUGAGCCCCUUCAAGUUGGAGGAUUUUGUGGCCGCACUGAAGUGCAAGUCACCAAGCUCAUUAUUCGAUUAUGUUCAUCUUUCUAUUUUGCAAACACUGAGAAAACAUUUGGAGUGGCUUGCAAAUGAUGGUUCCGAAUCUGCUUCUGAUUGUCUGAGGAGUCUCAAUUGGGAUUUGCUCGACUUGAUUACAUGGCCAAUUUUUAUGAUUGAGUAUUUUCUGAUCCAUGGUUCGGGACUGAAACCUGGUUUCGAUCUCAGUUGUUUCAAGAUAUUCAAAACUGACUACUAUGAACAACCUGCUUCUGUAAAGGUUGAGAUACUGAAGUGUCUAUGUGAUGAUUUAAUAGAAGUGGAAGCCAUAAGGUCGGAGAUUAAUAGAAGGUCUUUGGCAGCUGAGCCUGACAUUGUUUUUGAUCGAAAUGUAAGCUAUGAGGUUUGCAAGAAAAGGAAGGCUCCAGUGGAUAUUGCUGGUAUCACUUAUUUGAAUGAUGAGGUUGUUGAUGACAUCACUGACUGGAAUAGUGAUGAAUGCUGCCUCUGUAAGAUGGAUGGGAGUUUAAUAUGCUGUGAUGGUUGUCCUGCUGCGUACCACUCAAAAUGUGUUGGAGUUGCUAAUGAUCUUUUGCCGGAGGGUGACUGGUAUUGCCCUGAGUGUUCAAUUGACAGGCAUAAACCUUGGAUGAAACCACAAAAGUCACUUCGAGGGGCAGAGUUAUUAGGAAUUGAUCCUCGUGGUCGGCUAUUCUUUAAAAGCUGUGGUUACCUUUUAGUAUCAGAUUCUUGUGACACUGAAUCCAAAUUCAACUACUACCACAGAGAUGAUCUGAUUAAAGUUAUCAAAGUGCUCAGGUCUUCAGAUUUUUUUUAUGGUGGGAUAUUAGUGGAAAUCUAUAAGCACUGGGAUAUUCCUGUUAGCUUUAAUGGAGCAAAUAGUAACAUUGGCUGCUCAGUACCCCAAGACCCAUCGGCAUUUCCAGAAACAUGUGCUGUUAAGAAUGAGACUUAUGAGGCUAGAAAACUGCAAGAGAAUUCUUGUAAUAUUGGCUCGGAUGUUUCCAAGUCUAUUAACUUGUUAGAUUCAAUGACUGUGACAGCAAGUCCAAAUAUAACUUCUGAAGGAUCAGCUGAAACCAUACAAGUGCAAAGAAGGUCAGUCAUUCAGUACGAUUCAGAUAGACCUGCUGAUUUUUUAAAUCAAUCAGAUUUGGUGGGGAAACUUUACCCUGAAGAUUGUUCUUUGACAUCUACUUCUAUAACCACUAGAAAAAGGGACACUUCAGAAGUACAUUGUGGGAUUGGUUACAUGAACUGUUACAGUUUUGGCCAAAUUGCUUCGUCUGUUGCAGAGGAGUUGACGCGUAAAUCAUCUGACAAAAUUAAGGAAGAUACAAUAAUAACAGAAGAGGAAAUAAUAUCAGCACAGAUGAAGACCAUUUUAAAAAAAUCUUCCAAAUUUUCCGGGCCGAAUGUUGGGAACCUUAAUCUAGAUGCACAGAAAGAGAAAUGUGGUUGGUGCUUCUCUUGCAAAGCUCCUGCUGAUUAUGGGGAUUGCUUGUUUAUCAUGAGUAUGGGGCCUGUUCAGGAUGUUUCUAAUAGUAAUAUAACUGGCUUUCAAUCCAAAAGGAACAAGGACGGCCAUCUUAAUGAUGUCAGGUGUCAAAUCCUAUCCAUUCAUGAUCGCCUGCAGGGACUUCUUCUGGGCCCAUUGUUGAAUCCCCACCACAGGGAACUGUGGCGUAAAAGUCUUCUUAAGGCAUCUGAUCUUGCCUCUAUUAAACAUUUACUGCUCAUGUUAGAGGCAAAUCUGCAUCAUCUUGCACUUUCAGCAGACUGGUUGAAACAUGUAGAUUCUGUUGUUACCAUGGGUUCAGCUUCUCAUGUUGUGACUUCUUUACGUGCAUACUCAAAGAAUGUUAUUAACAGAAAGAGGCCCAAGUGUUCAGAUAUUGAGCCCACCCCCACUUCAAAUGCUGCCAGUGGAUUAGGAAUGUUUUGGUGGAGGGGUGGUAGGCUUUCUCGUCAGGUGUUCAGUUGGAAGGUUUUGCCUCGUUCCUUGACAUCCAAGGCUGCCAGACAAGCUGGGUGUUCAAAGAUACUGGGUAUAUUAUAUCCUGAAAAUUCAGAAUAUGCGAAGAGAAGCAAAUCUGUUUCUUGGCAAGCUGCUGUUGAGGCAUCGACUAGUGCAGAACAGCUUGCUUUGCAGGUUAGAGAACUUGAUUUGAACAUUAGAUGGAAUGAUAUUGAGAAUUCAUACCCUCUCCCUACGUUGGACAAAGAAUCUAGAAAAUCAAUCAAGCUGUUCAAGAAAGUUAUUGUCCGCAGGAAGUGUUCUGAAGGGAAAGUGGUUAACUAUCUUCUUGAUUUUGGCAAGAGAAGAGGUAUUCCUGACAUUGUCAAGAAACAUGGUUCUGUGCUUGAAGAACCGUCUAGUGAGAGGAAAAAGUAUUGGCUGGAUGAAUCAUAUCUUCCUUUGCAUCUUUUGAAAAGCUUUGAGGAGAGAAGAAUUGCCCGCAAGUCCAGUGAUGUGAAGUCUGGUAAAGUUAUUGAGGUCGGUAGAGUAGGAAAGAGGCCCAGGGAAAAAAAGGGAUUUAUGUAUUUGUUUUCAAAAGCAGAAAGAUCUGAGUAUCAUAAAUGUGGACAUUGCAACAAAGAUGUCCUGAUGAGGGAAGCUGUGAGCUGCCAGUACUGCAAAGGUUUUUUCCACAAAAGGCAUGCCAGGAAAUCUGCUGGGGCCGUUGUUGCUCGGUGUAAAUAUACAUGCCACCGAUGCCAGAAUGGGGUGUGUACGAAGAUUGACACAAAAAGAAGGAAAGUUGAAACAAAAGGAGGGAAAGUACAGUCACAGAAAUGUAAGAAUUCUCAAACAGAACGCAGAUCGUUGCGUUUGAAAAACAACAAAAAAGCUUUAGCUGGAGGACAGCAACUAAGAUUGAAAAAUAGCAAAAAAAUUCCAGCAUCUGUACCUCUACGUCGUUCUCCUAGGAAAGUUAAAUGCUUGCCAUUGCAAAACAAAAAGCGUAGCAAACGCAAGAAAGGGAAAAAAAGCAAGUCCAAUACGAGGACAUGUAAGAAACCAAAGAGAGUUACUUCUUGGCAGAAGAAGAGAACACAAGUUUGUCACAGUUACUGGCUUAAUGGUCUUCUGUUGUCUAGAAAGCCAAAUGAUGAACGUGCUAUGCUUUUUAGGGAUAAAAAACUCCUUGCGCAUUCUGGAUGUUCGCCUGUCAUUCUUGAUCAACUCAAAUGCCCCCUUUGUUGUGAAGCAAGUUAUACGUCUGCUUUAAAUUAUAUUUCUUGUGAAAUAUGCAGAGUGUGGUUCCAUGCUGAGGCUUUUGGACUGAGUUCAGAGAACAUUGAUAAGCUUAUUGGAUUUAGGUGCCACAUGUGUCGUCAAAGGAACCCUCCUGUCUGCCCCCAUCUGGUAGUUGUGAAAACUGAUGUGUCCCAGUUGGCUGAAGCUCAAAAUGAUGCUGGAGUUGACUUUUCUGAGGAAGUACCUAACACAGUCCCGCCUUUAAGUGAGAUCACAUGCAAUUGAAUACUUUUGGCAUUUCAAGAUGGGUACUUCAAUGGGUUGAAGCAUCUUCAACUCAAGAUUUUCAACGACAUUGAAGUAAAAUUUCAUAGGAAAUGCGUCGCAAGGCAAAGUGCUUUCCUAUGUGAUGAAGCGAAGCCAUGUAUAUCAAGAACCAUCAGAAAGAGCAAUGAACUGACAGGAAGCCGAAGUGGUUUCUAAUUAUUUUUUUAAGUGUUCUGUUUCUAACAUGUAAAGCAUUUGACGACAGUUGCAACACCUGAGGCUGGCGACGUUUAGAUUUGAUUGUAGAAGCUCCUGCAUUUUCCAUCAUGUAUGAGGCAGGGUGAUAUGGUUUGAUAUUAGUUCAUUUAGCCGAGACUAACAAUGAUUAUUGAAUUUGCAAUUGAAAUUGUGUAGACAGAAGAGAACUAGUUUGGUUUUAGCCUUUAGGAGAUGGUAGACCAUAGACGCUAGUGCAACCAAUUUAUUCCUUCAGUCAAAGUAACUGACGGUAACAGCAGUUAGAUUUUAGACUACUCGUAGAUUAUGACAGACGGCUUCUCAAGUUUGUUUGAGCUUCUGUGGAUGGCUUUGGUUGUCUGCUUGGUUUGUAUUGUUACAACUUACAAUGAUAUAUGGG